AUGCAAUAUAAUCCUAAUCCUCCGAUGACACUUUCAACUGUACCUAUGUUCAACCCGAGCAACGUGUAUAGCAAUCCAAUGAUGCAUCUACUAACAAAAAUUCCGUCGUCAGUAUCAUUAAAAUUGACUGUGGGCGGAAUUUUUUAUAUCAUCCUUGGACUAGUUGCAAUUGGAUUGGAUAUAGGUAUUAUUGUUAAUGCAUUGAUGAGUUUUGGUGGUAUUAUCAAUGGUGUGUAUUUAUUUACUACUGGGAUACUCAUCUUACAUUUGUGCCGCCAUGAAGUUAAACAAGUUGCUAAAAAUAGAAUACAUUUGUUAACGUUUGCAACUUCAAUUCAUGAUCUUAUUCAUCGUCAUUUACUUUAUAAUAUGGAAGAAGAACAAACAUAG